UGCCAUGACGACAAACCGUCGUGUUAUCCUGUGUUAUCAUGUCAAACUGUAGAACUCAAGCAGGAAACGUGCUAAAAAAGACACACUAUGAGUGCAUUAAAAGUGCCGAUAGAUUAUAAGAGAUUAGAAGAGGAACUUUAUGCAGCUCUUGCAGCUGAUAAGUUAUAUAAAUUACAAAAUGAUGCUAAAAUUCGCGCGAUUGAACAAGCAGUGCCGACAUAUGAGCACUUCAGACAGAUGGUGAAUGGUGCUCACUUGAAACCCCUGGAUCGCAAUGACAUAAAAUCUAAAAGUGGUGUGCAAUGGAAUCCGUUAAUUAAAUCUACUAAGUCUCAUGACUCAACUGUAUCGGAAACCUUGAAAAAAUCGACGCAAGAUAAACGCAGCAACAAAGAUACUGUGAUAAAAUCUCAGAAAAUGUGCAAGGACUUUUUACAAUCUUGGAGAACAAUUACAGACCAUUCCGAAAAAUUUACCUAUAUGUGGAAUCUAAGGAACGAUCUGCAACAUCACGUCUUUCGGGUGGAAAUUCCGGCAUCUUUUCUCGGUGACUUUACAAACGCGUGUCUGCAGCAUUUGUCAAAAGUGGAUGAUAUAACGCCAGUUAUAGAACUUCUCGGCAAACUGAGCACGUGUAAUCGGUUCAAUUUGACGAUAUGCUUCAUGACGAGGGAUGAGAAAUUUACGUGCGAGCGGCUUUUCCGACAAUUGCAACUGAAGGGAAGAUCAUCAGAUGAAUCUUUCGAAAAUGUGAUCAAAUCGUUAGCCGUGAAAUAUGAGGUUAAGCUUAAUUAACAAAGUACAGUGUACUCAUAUAUAUAUAUAAUGACAAAUAACAUUAUAAAUAUGUAUAAAUAGAUGAGAGA